ACCGAAAUAUUUGUGUCAUUGCAGUUUCAUAUAGUCGAUCGGUCGGUUGCUGCUUUGUUCGUCGAGAGCAAAGUCGAAAAGUAGAAAAAACGAAAGUGCGUGGGUGCGAGAGUGCAAGAGUUGAAAUCAGAGACAGUUCGAAAAUGAAAGCGUUCAUUGUUGCCGGUGUUUGUUUGUUUGGCCUGUUGAGCCUUGGCUCGGCCCAGUUCCAAAACGGACGUCUAGAGCCGCCAAAUCCGCAGCUGUGCGCCCAGCGCAUCAUUCACGAGAGGACACCCGAUGGCAAAGGCUACUUCUUCUCGUGGCGCGACCCACAACUGAAGGGCGUGGAGGAAGAUUGGCUGACGGCCAGAAAUUAUUGCCGCAGACGCUGCAUGGACUCUGUAUCGCUGGAGACCAGUCUGGAGAAUGAGUGGAUCAAGCAACGCGUUGUGGGUGAAAAUGUGAAAUAUAUUUGGACCAGCGGUCGCUUGUGCGAUUUCAAGGGCUGUGACCGUCCCGAUCUGCAGCCCACAAACAUCAACGGCUGGUUCUGGACCGCCACGCUGCAGAAGUUGGCGCCAACCACGGAGCGCAACCAGGGCGAUUGGUCGCCCACCGGCGGCAUUGGCCUGCCCCAGCCCGACAACCGCGAGUUCAAACAGAACGGCGCACCCGAGAACUGUUUGGCUCUGUUGAAUCAGUUCUACAACGACGGUGUCAACUGGCACGAUGUGGCCUGCCACCACAAGAAGUCGUUCGUCUGCGAGGAGAACGAUGCUCUGCUGAAGUAUGUGCGCUACACGAACCCCAAUCUGCGCAUCUAAAUCGCUCAGGCUCAAGGCGGAAGUAUCAGCUGGGAAUGACGUGUGGAGUUGGAGCCUUGAGCAGCGACUUCAAAUAAACCAAAAAUGAUAUUUUUAUGUAGCUACCAUGCAAAUGUA